AUGAAGUUCUCUCUGGCUGUUGGGGCGGCCUUGUUGGGUUCUGCUCUGGCAGUGGAAAUCGAUCCCAUCGUUAUCAAGGGCUCCAAAUUCUUCUACAGCAGCAACAACACCCAAUUCUACCUCCGCGGUGUUGCCUACCAGGGCAGCACCACCAGCUACACCGACCCCUUGGCCGACGCCACGACCUGCGAGCGAGACAUCCCCAUCCUGCAGGAGAUCAACACCAACGUGAUCCGGGUGUACGCGGUCGACCCGACGAACAACCACACGGCAUGCAUGAACAUGCUGGCGGAGGCAGGCAUCUACGUGAUCUCCGACCUCUCGGACCCGACGCAGUCGAUCGACCGCGACGACCCGACCUGGGAGACGAGCCUCUACACGCGGUACACCGACGUGAUCGACGACCUGAUCCAGUACAACAACACGCUGGGCUUCUUCGCGGGCAACGAAGUGUCCAACACGGUGGACACCACCGAUGCCAGCGCCUUUGUCAAGGCCGCCGUGCGCGAUAUGAAGGCCUACAUCAAGGACGCGGGCUACCGCUCCGUCGGCGUUGGAUAUGCCACCAACGACGACUCCGACAUCCGCGUCAACAUGGCCGACUACUUCAACUGCGAGGAGGAGGACGAGGGCAUCGACUUCUGGGGCUACAACAUCUACUCCUGGUGCGGUGCCUCCACCUACGAGGAGUCCGGAUACGAGGAGCGCACCGAGGAGUUCCGCAACUACUCGGUUCCGGUCUUCUUCUCCGAAUAUGGCUGCAACACCGUCACCCCCCGCAAGUUCACCGAGAUCAAGGCCCUCUACGGCGACAACAUGAAUGAUGUGUGGUCCGGUGGUAUCGUCUACAUGUACUUCCAGACUGACAAUGACUAUGGCCUCGUGUCCGCCAUCGACAGCACCAGUGUCAGCAAACUCACCGACUUCUACUACUACUCGUCCGAAAUCCGCAACGCAACCCCGAGCGGAACCAACAAAGCAUCGUACACACCCACCAACACGGCCCUACAAACCUGCCCGACCGUCAACUCAGAGUGGCAAGCCGUCGCCUCGCCCCUGCCGCCGACCCCCAACGCCGAACUGUGCGACUGCAUGAACGAGUCGGCCGGAUGCGUGGUCAAGGCCUCCGUCUCCAGCGACGACUACGCCGACCUCUUCAGCGUCGUGUGCGGCUACACCUCCUGCGCGGGCAUCUUCCACAACGGAACCACCGGCUCCUACGGCGCGUACGGCAUGUGCACCGCCAAGCAGCAGCUCAACUUCGCCUUGAACAAGUACUGGAAGGAGCAGGACAAGGCGGAUUCCGCGUGCAGUUUCGGCGGCUCGGCCACUACCACCUCGACCACGGCGCCGACGGGCACCUGUAAGAGUUUGAUGUCCGAGGCGGGCACCGCGGGCACUGGCGUGGUCACGUCGGAGCCGACGGCCGCGGCGGGGAGUGCGAGUGCGUCGGGCAGUGGGGUUAGUGCGUUGAGUUCGAUGGCCGGCGCGUCCAGUUUGGUGGUGGGUGGUGGUGGGGGGUUGCAGUUUGGUGUUUAUGUUGCUACGGCUGUGGUGGCGGGGUUGGGGAUGGUUUUGUUGUAG